AUGGGAGAUAAGGUCCAAUGGCCAAAAGAGAUGAGGUCAAAUCCAAAUCGGCGUAACCCUGAUCAUUGGUGCGAGUUUCAUAAUGAUCACGGUCAUAAAACCUCUGAUUGCAGAUUUUUACAAAGUGAAGUUGAUCACUUGUUGAAACAAGGGUAUCUUACUGAGUUGUUUAGUGAAAAAGGCAAGGAGGCUUACAUGAAAAAUAGGCAGGUGCCCCCAAAACCACUAUCUCCCAAAAGAACCAUCAACGUCAUAAGCGGGGGAGAAUAUAUCAACGGCGUAACGUACACAACAUCCAAUAAAGUUUCUAAAGUCACUAUUACCCACGGGAAGCGGAUACGACAAGUCUUGGAGGAAGAAAGUAUUACCUUCAAUGAUGCAGAUGCAGAUGGUGUAUUAUCUCCACAUAAUGACGCACUGGUAAUAUCUCUACUUGUAUAUGAUACUAAUGAGAAACGAGUUUUGAUUGAUCCAGGAAGUUCUGUAAAUAUUAUCCUACUGAGGGUAUUACGUGAAAUGCAAGCUGAAGAAAAAAUGAUACCAAAGGCGCAUACCUUGUCUGGAUUCGAUAAUUCCAGUGUAGUAACAAAAGGAGAGGUAAUACUAACAACUUUUGCAGAAGGUGUUGUUAAAGAAACCAAAUUUCAAGUGGUAGAUAUGGAAAUGUCUUAUAACAUGAUCCUGGGGAGACCGUGGAUCCAUGAAAUGGAUGCUGUCCCAUCAACUUUACACCAAGUUAUUAAAUUCCCAUCACCUUGGGGAAUUUGCAAAAUUCGUGGAGAUCAACAUGCAGCUAGGAGUAUUAAUUCUGUGACAGAUGUGAGCACGAUGAAUGAAGAGAAAUAG